AUCCCAGCAAGAGCUGAUUGAGCGCGGAGGAUGCUUGAAUCUGGUGAACGCCAUUGUUGUCGGUGACUAUGCGCCACACUUUUUGCAAAUAUCCUUGUGAUACCCGACAGGCAGGACGAUAUGAACUAGACAUAAGGGUGAUUACGCCCGCACUUUGCAAGCCAAAUUAACUUGCGUCUCUCAAUCUACAUUAACUGUUAUUCCUCCGUCGAGAUGGGCGCGAAUAGUUCAGUUCCAGCCGUAUACAACGCUCCAGCCUAUGGCAUACUCUCGUUGGACGUCGUCUUGACAACAUCGGCGGUCAUUGGGCGGCUUUUAUCGCGAAGAGUUAUGAAGGCGAGGCCCUCUGUAGAUGAUUAUCUUGCCUACCUUGCCUACGCUGCAAACAUAGGGUUAUUGAUCUCCGGUUUCCUUCUCACAGCUAGUGGAGCUCUCGAUCUUGAAGAUAUCUCUGUCCAGAGUCAGUCAGAGAAGGAUUUCACUAUGCCUGUCUAUGAUGCACUUGCACUUCUCUACGUCUUCAGCAUAACUUUUAUAAAGGCAUCAAUUCUUUUCCUCUACCGACGCACCUUCACAAUGCUUACGGCCUGGUUUCGAUGGGCUUGGUGGGCCAUUUUUGCCCUUGUGUUGAUGUGGACUUCGACCUGCAUCAUACUGCUCGCUCUUCAAAGGACGAACCGGCUCCCCAAGGGCGGCUUUUCACGAUUAGGCAUAUCUGUUACUGCUAUUGUAAAUGCUUUCACGGACUUCCUCGUUCUAGGACUGCCAGCUGUCAGGAUAACGAAGAUGUCAUUGAGAAGAAGACAAAAGAUUGCGCUAAUUUCGAUUUUCAUGAUUGGUGGAAUCGCUUCCAUUGUUUCAGUAAUUCGAGGAACGAUAUUUUUCAUAAAUCGCGCAAAUCGACUUAACGAAGCGUAUUCGAAUUAUCUCGAUAUCGUACUUACAGCAACAGAAUCUUCGGCGGGAAUAAUGUGCGCUUGCCUACCGUUGAUGAAGCCUUUGGUAGUCAGGGCUACGCGAUGGCUCCAGCGGUUACGUGGCUUAGAUACUCGUCACCAAGGAUGGACCACCGCAUCAGGAUCAUCAGGGUCGGGGGCGAUACCAUCGAAGGUAGAACGAGAUCGGUCAAUUAGGCGGGUUGACGAUUACGACGUCCAGCUACUGCCAGUAAGCCCCACGAGUGAGAGCACAAGUGUUCUAUCCGGAAAAGACACUUGGCAAGGAAUUGCCGUUGAUCCAAGAGACGUGCAAAGGCCUUGCAAAGCGCAUAGAUGUUGGAGUCGCGGCAGGCUAUGAGUAAUGUUGUGCCUCUUUCCGAUCCUAUGACGGCAUACCACAAGCCACGGGACGUUCGCAAGCGAACCCUCGCCCGCGCGGUAUGGGCAGCACUGGCUAAAUUCACCCCGGAGCAGACUGUCAUAAGAUUCGAGAGUCGUAAUGUCGACAAGU